CCUCUUCUCCACCACUAGCUUUAAAGGAGGGCUCAUUAGUUAGCUUCAGGAUAUACUGUAUAUAUAUAUAUAGUCAUUAAACUAGCUGAAGGACACAUUGAGUGUACAGUUAGAACAAAUGCCAAACUCUCUGAGUUUGUAGGGGAGACUGAAGAUGUAUGAGAUUACAAAGGCAAAAUUUGACAUUUGUGAGGAUCUCAUAUCAAGUAGCAUUGAUUAUGGUACUUCAGGUGAAAGUUUUUCAACUGUCAAGACCAACAAGACAAAAAGCAAACUGGACAAUCAAGGUUGUAACAAAUCUUGGAACAGAAGCUACAGGAUUGCUGCAAGAUUUUUUGGAGUGCUGUGUGCAGUCUUGCUCGUAGCUAUCAUAGUGCUGUGUGUUGAGAAAAAACUUUUUAAAAGUUCUGGAACAGAUGGCAAUCAGCACCAGGUCAGGUAUCACAAUCUUAGCUUAAAAAAAGAGCAUCUGGAAAAUAGUUACCAUCAAUUUCUGACUAGUUACAACAGCAUGGAGGAGGAGAGAGAUCUAUUACAGGCCAUUAUUUCAAACAUAACCAAAGAGAAAGUCCAGCUCCAAACGGUUAACAAUAAUCUAAUGAAAGAGAAAGUCCAGCUCCAAACGGUUAACAAUAAUCUAAUGAAAGAGAAAGACCAGCUGCAGAUGCUAAAUAACAACCUGGCUAAAGAGAGAAACCAAUCAGAAACUAGAUAUAAGGCCAUGACUGAACAGAGAGACCAGAUACAAAAUAGAUUUAACAAUAUGGCAGAAGAGAAAAACCGGGUACAGGCCAAAACUGAUAGUCUGACCAAAGAGAAAGUCCAGCUCCAAACGGUUAACAGUAAUCUAAUGAAAGAGAAAGACCAGCUCCAAACGGUUAACAAUAAUCUAAUGAAAGAGAAAGACCAGCUGCAGAUGCUAAAUAACAACCUGGCUAAAGAGAGAAACCAAUCAGAAACUAGAUAUAAGGCCAUGACUGAACAGAGAGACCAGAUACAAAAUAGAUUUAACAAUAUGGCGGAAGAGAAAAACCGGUUACAGGCCAAAACUGAUAGUCUGACCAAAGAGAAAGUCCAGCUCCAAACGGUUAACAAUAAUCUAAUGAAAGAGAAAGACCAGCUCCAAACGGUUAACAAUAAUCUAAUGAAAGAGAAAGACCAGCUCCAAACGGUUAACAGUAAUCUAAUGAAAGAGAAAGUCCAGCUCCAAACGGUUAACAAUAAUCUAAUGAAAGAGAAAGACCAGCUCCAAACGGUUAACAAUAAUCUAAUGAAAGAGAAAGACCAGCUCCAAACGGUUAACAAUAAUCUAAUGAAAGAGAAAGACCAGCUCCAAACGGUUAACAAUAAUCUAAUGAAAGAGAAAGACCAGCUCCAAACGGUUAACAGUAAUCUAAUGAAAGAGAAAGUCCAGCUCCAAACGGUUAACAAUAAUCUAAUGAAAGAGAAAGACCAGCUCCAAACGGUUAACAGUAAUCUAAUGAAAGAGAAAGACCAGCUCCAAACGGUUAACAGUAAUCUAAUGAAAGAGAAAGUCCAGCUCCAAACGGUUAACAAUAAUCUAAUGAAAGAGAAAGACCAGCUCCAAACGGUUAACAGUAAUCUAAUGAAAGAGAAAGACCAGCUCCAAACGGUUAACAGUAAUCUAAUGAAAGAGAAAGACCAGCUCCAAACGGUUAACAAUAAUCUAAUGAAAGAGAAAGACCAGCUCCAAACGGUUAACAGUAAUCUAAUGAAAGAGAAAGACCAGCUCCAAACGGUUAACAAUAAUCUAAUGAAAGAGAAAGACCAGCUCCAAACGGUUAACAAUAAUCUAAUGAAAGAGAAAGACCAGCUCCAAACGGUUAACAGUAAUCUAAUGAAAGAGAAAGACCAGCUGCAGACGCUAAAUAACAACCUGGCUAAAGAGAGAAACCAGUCAGAAACUAGAUAUAAGGCCAUGACUGAACAGAGAGACCAGAUACAAAAUAGAUUUAACAAUAUGGUGAAAGAGAAAAACCGGUUAAAUACACUUACUAGUAAUCUAGUUGAAGAAAAACGGCAGUUGCAGACCCAAAAAAAUAACCUGAACAAGGAGAGAGACCAGCUACUGACCGAGAGUGGAGGACUUCGGAAAGCACUCUCUGUUUUAGGAUGGAAGUACUUUGGGUCCAGUGUGUACUUCAUCUCUAAUGUGAAGAUGAACUGGACAAAUGGCAGAGAGCACUGCAGAAAGAAAGGAGCAGAACUGGUUGUCAUAAACAGCAAAGAAGAAAUGAUUUUUGCUCACAGUUUGAUUAGUGAACUGGGUGCUUGGCUUGGCCUGACUGACAAAGAGAGUGAAGGGGUCUGGAAAUGGGUGGACGGCACAAAACUAACAACCAGUUACUGGGCGAAAGGACAGCCUGAUAAUGGUGGAAGGAGUGACAGUGAAGACUGUGGUGCAAUGGCAUACAAAUUGCCUGCGUUAGAGAGCUGGAGUGAUGGUUAUUGCCAUUAUAUUAGUUAUGUGAUUUGUGAAAAGAGUGUAAAAGUACAGUGACCAUAAUAACUUUUCUGACAAAUAAUUGUAUAUGGACGCUCAAAUGCGCAUAUACAAAAAUAUCAAACCAAGUGGCAUCUGCAAACAAAUGAUGCUAGAUUUCUGUUCAGAACUAAAUUCACUUUUCUCAGCCAUAUUGCAAUUACUUUUUUGUACUGGAUGCAUGAAGUUAUUCUUAAGUUCACACUGGUGCCCUAGCAGAGUAACCACAUUAACCACUAUACGUGGGGCCACUGUACUGUAUGUACAGUACCACAAAGGCAACUGAACAAUCAUGAAGCUAAUACCCAAAUGAUUUUUAACCUCCUGAGACCCCCGCGUGACAGCUAUGUGCAUUUUUCAUUUCCCUUUUUGAUUUGUAACUAGCAGCAGCUAAUAACAUAAGUGGACAGCAGGACUAAGUUGUGAAAUUUUAAAUAAUACUAAGCUAUAGAAAGUCAGAUUUGUUUUCAUCAAAUAGUUUGUGUGUCCAGGAGUGUUGAUUAUUCAUGUUUUUGAGACAUUACAGCUGAUUUUCUAUAAAGCUGAAUAAUUAAUUGUGAUUCAAAGUAAUGUCCAGCAUCAUCCAAUCACUGCCAACCAUGUUAAAAUAAAAUGAUACAUUAUAAAUUCUGAA